GCUAACAUGGAGAGUAUACCGCGUAUUUAUGGAUCCUAGUCAUCGGAAGGUUUGUGCUUAACGGUUGGUGAAUACUGUAGUCUACUCAAAGUAAUUACGAUGGGGUUACUGACAAUAUUGAAGAAGAUGAAACAGAAGGAAAAGGAAGUUCGACUAUUGAUGCUAGGUUUGGAUAAUGCAGGCAAAACCACAAUCCUAAAGAAAUUCAACGGAGAAGAUAUCAACACAAUUUCACCAACUCUGGGCUUCAAUAUAAAAACAUUAGAACAUAGAGGAUUUAAAUUAAACAUUUGGGAUGUUGGAGGCCAAAAAUCACUACGGUCAUAUUGGAGAAAUUAUUUUGAAAGUACAGAUGGUCUUAUAUGGGUAGUAGACAGUGCAGACAGGCGAAGAUUAUCUGACUGUAAAGAAGAGUUACACCAGUUAUUAGUUGAAGAGAGGUUAGCAGGUGCAACAUUAUUAGUAUUUGCAAACAAGCAAGAUUUACCAGGUGCAUUACCUGCAGAAGAAAUCAAAGAGGCUUUAGAAUUGGACCUUAUCAAGACGCAUCACUGGUUAAUUCAAGGUUGUAGUGCUGUGACUGGUGAAAAUUUACUACAAGGAAUGGACUGGAUCAUACAAGACAUUUCUUCGAGAAUUUUUACUAUGGAUUGAACUCCUUUAAAAAUAAUGUACUAGCAUUAUUGCCAGCAAAGUAUCAUAAAAUAAGCAAAGAGUGUACUAGUUGGUAUCACCCUUCGAAAUUGUUUAAAAUUUGAAAGGUGAAUAUAUUAUAGAGUUGAAAAGUUUUCAAAGGAGACAAUAUUUUAAAUUAUGUGCAGAAAGAAAAGUGAUGACAACGAGUCCUUUGCAGUACUGCCUUUGUCACAGAAAUAUUCAAAAUCUGAACAAAGCUAGUUUUAUGUAACUUUCAUCAUCAAAAUUUUAAUUGUAAAUUAUUUCUUAAAAGUUCUUUGUUCCAGAAAGCUGUAAAAUAUGACACUUGCAUUGUGUAAGAUAAAGAUGCAAGCUA